UUUUAGUCUCUUUUAAUUUCCACACUCUUUUGCCCUGCCUCCCUUUUCUUAACAACCACCCCCAAUUAAAGUUGCCGCUUUGGUGUAGUGUGAUAAUUUUCAAAAAACAAACAGCCUCUCCAAACUUUUCAACAACAACAACAAAGGGAAUAUGUACAGAAUGGUCAGACUUUCUUCAUUAAAUGGACAAUCUAUGCCUUGAGUCACCAGCUUCUUUUGUUUUGGAGGAGGCAGGAACAGAAAAAGAGCCCCUCGUCUUGUCUUCCCUGUCUGACCUUAUUGAACAUAUUAAGGUGAAAAAUAGGUCAGCCAUCUUUUCUCAUUAAACGUUUAUGCCAUGAGUCACCAGCCAACGGUGGGUGGGUGUACCACCACUCAUACAUAUCUGCAAUAAGUUCACCUGUAAUGCUGCAGAUUUUGGGGAGAUAGGUCGGCCACUAUAAACUUCAUUGGACUCAUAAACUAGACCAGAUC